AUGCCACUUACCAAUGGCACCUACUUCAAGCCAUCUGUCUUCACACUAACUGGAAUUCCUGGCCUUGAAUCAGUGCAACACUGGAUUGGGAUCCCGUUCUUCAUCUCUUUUGUCCUGGCCAUUAUUGGAAAUGGGCUGCUCAUCAUCAUCGUUCGCACUGAGCGUGCUCUCCAUGAGCCCAUGUUUAUCUUUUUAGCUGUGUUGGCCACUACUGAUCUAGGCCUGACCUUGUGUAUUACCCCUAAAAUGCUGGCAAUAUUUUGGCUGCAGUCAAGAGAGAUUUACUUUGACUCCUGUCUGACCCAGAUGUAUUUUACUCAUACUUUCCAGUGCAUGGAGUCUGGUAUGCUUUUGGCCAUGGCCUUUGACAGAUAUGUGGCUAUCUGUGAGCCCCUGAGGCAUUCUGCGAUUCUCACAAAGAAGGCGCUGGUCAGCAUCGUCAUGGUAGUGACUCUCCGGGCAUCUGUCGUCAUCACCAUGUGUCCACUGCUGGUCAAGUUGCGCCUAGAGCAUUUCCGAACCACAGUCAUCACUCAUUCUUACUGUGAGCACAUGGCUGUGGUAAAGCUGGCUGCAGACAAUGUCAGAGCCAAUAAAGUGUAUGGGCUAUUUGUGGCUUUCUCAGUCCUUGGAUUUGAUGUGAUCUUCAUUUUCUUGUCUUACGCCUUUAUCUUCCAGGCUGUUUUUAAAUUGCCCCAGAAGGAGGCACGGUUCAAGGCAUUCAACACAUGCACAGCCCACAUCUUUGUCUUUCUCCAAUUCUAUAUCCUCACGUUUUUUACAUCCUUCAUACACAGAUUUGGCUUCAAUGUUGCUCCUUAUGUGCACAUUCUACUGUCCAACCUUUACCUGCUUCUUCCACCCCUGCUCAACCCCAUCGUCUAUGGAGUGAAGACGAAACAGAUCAGAGAGGGAGUUCUCAAAAUCUGGUUUUUUGAAAAAAUAAACAAAAUUGACACCCCAUUGGCCCAACUAACUAAAAAAAAAGAAGAGAAAAGACCCAAAUCAAUAAAAUCAGAGAUGGACUCCAGGAGAUGGGUCUCUGGUGUGCAGGCCAUUGCGGGCUGCUCCAAUGCUGGGGGCGUGGUGCCCCCAUCCUUGGUGACCUUGAGGACUCUCAGAAGCUCAGGGGUCAUGGCUCAGAGGCUGCAGACCCAGCCCUCCUCAGGUGUCGUCAUGAUCAAUGGUUCUCCUUCGGCUUUGCAGAGAGUGGUGGUGAGGAACGGCUUUGGUGACAAACUUCGGCGCUGA